GAACUGUGAGCGUCAUGAAAAGUUGAUGCGGCGAGUACUCAAAGGGGCAUGUGUGGCACGAUGGGGUCGUGGGGCACGAAUGAAUCUCCGGUUCCUCGGCGGCCUUGGCGUAAUAUGACCAUCCUUGAAUCGAAGUAUGAGAUAAAACGCGCCUUGGAAAGUGGAAAUUCUUCCGUUGCAGAACUAGUAGUUGUUUGGGACGCGAAAGGCGAGACCUUUCAACUGCAACGUGCAUCUGAUGGACACGCACCUUGGGGGUCGGAGGGAAGUGCGAGAAGUGACUGUUCGCGAUGCACUGGAGUAGCAGCUCUACAUGAGACACGGCCCAUCAUGCAUGUAUCCUGCAGGGAAUAUAUAGCGAUCGCGACAUUCGACGGGCCUUCAUCACUAACAGCCAGAUUCGGGGUAACUGCCUGCAAAGUUGGAGCCACGGGCAGAGGCGCAGGGAGGGUUGUAUUGUCGAGGAAGGCGCGGAUGACAACAGGAAACAUUGUUGCUGCAGCAUUAAUGGAAAUGAACAACAAUGAUAUUGAUGAUGUCGUGUUCCACUGAAAGUGCAAUGCUGAUGAGUCGAUGAUGAUGCAAUGAAAAAUGUAUGUGACAACGAGAUGAAGGAUAUGAAGUGAAGAUUGUUCAAUAAACGUUGCAUUGCACUGGUACCCGCAGCCGUAGCCCGAGCGAAAACUCUUCGAAGGUUGGGAUAGUUCAAGAUGAUUUCCGGAGACGGGCUGGCAUGGGAAGUUGUCAUCGGAGA